AUGCCGACAGACGACGACUAUGGCCGAAGAGAACGUCUCCUAUUGCACCAGCAUCCGAUCCCUCAGUACGGGUCCUCGUCAUCUCCGGUUCCAGGAUCGAAUACCGGGACGUCUGGAAACGUCGGGUCCCAGAUCGGUUCCACUAGCUCCUCGGACUGUUACAAGCAACAGCAGCAACAGCAAACGGACCUACGAGCGAGCGCGUCGAACGUCGGCAGCCAAGACCGUUACCAAUCCGAACAGUCCGCUCAAGGGAACGAGCACGUCGAUUAUGGCGGCCGGGAACGAAUGCCCGGCAUCGAGAGGCACGACAAGUCAACGGAGAAGCCGACGAUCGACGAUUUCCCAAAGUCCUGCGCGGAAACGCGCUCGAUACAGCCGGGUUGCGAGCGAUACAGCCAUUAUCAGAGCCAAGACAGGUUCGGCCAGUCCUCUUUGCAAACGCACCACCAGUUCACCAGCGCGGGCAGAGCGAGCGCGGCUGGACAAACGUUGUCUCAGAACGUUCUGGCCGAGCGUUUUCCACGCUUCAACGAGCUCACCGGCCUCCACGGUGAGCAGAGAUUGUCCUUGGCUCCGAGCGAGCGCUUUCAACCGGCUAGCAGCACCGAGCUUCGCUUUCACCACCCACCGAGCGAAUUGGUGUCCAGCGGAAACGAAUACGCCAACACCAACAUCCUGGUGUCGGGCUGCGCGACUAGUCCAUUCUCAUCCGAGACGUUCCCCUCUCCCCCGUCGCCGGCACCCGCGAACGACCGUUUCGUCCCACCACCGCCCCUGUCGCCCAGCCCAAGCGAGAAGUAUGCCUCUACCCAGAGUCUGGCUGGUUAUCCUGCUGCUGAUAGGAUUCUGGCCCCAGGUUCUCCAAGCACCAAAUAUGGCGGGGGCACAGCACCAGCCUCGCCAAUGCCAGCUAAGGACCGAUUCUCUUCGGCGGAACGAUUACUGGCCAAUCAACAGUCGUCGGGUUCUAUGCACGAGCCCGGCAAGGAUCAGCAACGAUACUCUGGAGCCAGCGACCGUCUGCUGUCCGGCUCGUCGCCGGUGUUGGGAAGUCUACAAGCCAGUCUACAAGGCGACAGGAGCGGCAUAUACGCCGCGAGCAAGGAUUCUACCGGAUCGAGAUACGGCGCCAUUUCCACGGACCGAUUGCUCUCCUCGUCACCUAUACACGCCCCAGUGCCAGAGAGGUUCGCCGGCAAGUCGACCGACAGAUAUCUCGGGGAUUCGCCGGUACACGAACGAUACCAUCGGCAGGAAACGACAUCAGCCGUUCACCACGAUCGUUACACGACGAUAUCGUCGAGCACCGAAAGAUUCCUCUCGAAUUCGUCUAAUCCCGAGGCCGCCGGUCAUCAGCGAUACUCGUCGACGGAGAGGUCCUUGCAGGUGUCGGGGAACGGCAACAACGAACAGAGACGAUUGUACACGGAUCGAGGCGUGGAGACGGUCUGUCAGAAAUACACGGAUCGAUCCAGCGGCUCCCCGGCACCUACGGAUUUCAACAGAUACUCCAGCUUCCAGGAGGUCGGCAACGCUCAGUCCAGAUACGUCAGCACCGGGGAUCGUUUCAACGAUCUCGCGAUACAACGCUGCGGUCAAUCGCGGGCAAACGAUAGAUUCUGCGUGUCCACCGAUCGCUAUCUCGCCGGCUCGUCACCGGGACACGACGCGAGACUCGCCAAUACCGACGCGUCCAGGUACGCUGUCUCGGGAUCGUCCACGGAACGGCUGCUCUCCGCGACGUCCUCCUCGUCCUCUUCCUCCACCGACACCGUCGCUCGAUAUCAUUCCUCCUAUACGAAUACCACGGCCAGCCAGUCCGCGACGUCCAACGAUCGUUUCACCUCCAUCUCACCCACUCCCGAAACGGCCAAUGCCAAUCUUCGAACGGGGACAGUCGGAGGAUCGAGCAGCGGCGCGGCGAGUUCCGGCUAUCAGGGUACGACAAAAAGCAGCGCAGUGGACAAGUAUCUCCAGGUGUCAAAGUCCGUGCAGAGCUACGCCAACGAGCGCUACAACGUCGGCAAUCCUGGCGAUCAGUUCGACAGGCUCAGCCAGGAUCGCUACGACAGAUUCUCGAAUCCCGUCACCGCCACCGACCGAUUCGCCGCUUCGUCCGCUGCUUCUGAUCGUUUUCACUCUGCUACCGAUCGAUAUUCUCCGGUUCGCACCGCGGACAAGUACCUAUCGCUGCCGAAGCCUAAGGAUCGAUACACCGGUCGCAUAACGCCGAUCUCCUCCUGCGGUACGUCCGCGGCCGCCACCUCUACCGAUCGAACUUACAGCUCGACCAGCGCCACCGGAAGCUACGUGCCGCCAACCGCGCACACGCCUGUCGAACGAUACGUGCCUCAACCACCUCCGGAGGUUCUCUACCCGGACAGAUAUGUCGACAGAUACGUACCACCCUCAGCACACACGCCUACCGAUCGUUACGUGCCCACCAACGAUCCCGCUGACCCGUACAUGAGACGAGAUCUAGGAUUCCAUCAUCAUUAUCGGCUACCACCGCCAGCCGGCUAUCCGUACCAUCAGUCGCACUUCCGGCUUCGCGGUUUCGCCUACGCGUCACCGGGUCGUCUCGGCGGUAGCCCCGGCUCUAGCAGCUCCAGCAGCUCCGCGUCUAAUCAGAGGGAUGGCUUCUCCAUGUCCCCCUUGCUGCGACCCAAGGUCCGUGCCUCUGCGGUCGAGUUCCCGACCACCACCACCGGUGUCGUCGCACGCCACGUUUGCACCAAUCCGCCAUCCUGCUGCAACGAGGCGUCCGGCAACGGCAGGUCUUGCUGCCAGGCCAUCAGGAGAUCCUUGCCGCCAGGGGCGCUACCGUCGAUACCUACGCAGCCGUCUUGGUGA